AUGAUUAAAGAUAACAUAAAUUAUUAUGAAAGGAAAGAAGUAAUUAAAAGGAAUAUAGAUGAAGCUCGAUCAAAGCUAUUUAACAGUAUACCUAAACUUUCGUUAUUUCAUUUAAAUAAUAUAGAAUAUAAAAAUGAAGAAAUAAAAGAGGGUAAACAAGUUGAAGGUGUAAAAAAAAAAACAAAACUUUUAGAUAAAACUAAAUUAAAUAAAAAAAAAAAUAAUGUACAAAAAAACGAAAAGGAUAUAAAAUAUUUCAUUACAAAUAAUAACAAAUGUACAGUUUUAAAUAAAACAAUAAAUCGUUAUAAUCCUGAUAAUACACAAAAUAAAGUAAAAAAAAAAAUGGCAUUAACUUGCAUGGAUAUAGAUAAUUCUACAAUUGAAAAAAAAACAAAUUUAUUCGAUAAUAUUUGUCUUGUGAAAAUAAACAAAAUCCAAAAUAAUGAACCAAUGGAUGUCUAUAAAAAGGAAUAUACAACUCAUCAAAAAUGCAAUAAAGAAAUUAGCAGACAAAAUAAAGAUGGUAUUAAAAAUAUAUACAGUAAUAAUAAAUAUUCAGAUUUACCAAAAUUAAGGAAAAAUGUUUUAGACAAAUUAAAUAAUGCUGAUAAAAAAAACGAUCAGUUAUUCACACUUUCUUUAAAUGUAAAGAAUAAUAAAAAAAGUAAAUUGAAUUAUAUUGAUACAAAGGAAAAAAAUUAUAAUAAUAAAUCUCAAUCUCAUAUUGAUAAACCAAAUGUUACUCGUACAAAUAAAGGCGUUGUGAAAAUCAACAAAAUCAAUAAAACUGAUAGAUUGUAUAGUGAUAAUAAUAAUAAUAACAAUAAUGUAGGAAUUAAAAAAAAUGGCAAAAUUAGUUGUACUUGUGAUAGGGAAAGAAGCAAAAUGCUCAACCAGUUUUGCUCUGAAAAAAAUAAUAAAAGUAAUAAAGAAAAUAAACAUUUAGCUAGCUGUGAUAUUAAAGGGAAAAAAAAAAAAAAAAUAAUAAUAAAAAAAAAUAUUGUUGUAAGUGGAAAGGAAUAUUUAAAGAAAAAUAAUUUAAAAAUUAUGCCAAAAGAAGUGAAAAGUAUAAAAAAAGAAACAGACAGAAAGUUUUCAUUACAAAAAUUGACACAUUGUAGUAAAAAUAAAAGUGCAAAUAUCAAUGAAAAGAAAAAAGAAAAAAAAAUACGAAAUGAUGCAUUAUGUCAUUCCAUAAAAAACAAAAGAAAUGAGCUCGUUACUCAAUUAAGAAAUAAAACAAUGUCAAUCAAAUAUUCUAUGGAAGAAAAAGCAUAUAAACCCAUCAGGAUUGUAUCAAAUAUAACUACCAAAUUAAAUAAUGAUAUUUAUGAUGAGGAAAAUAUAUCUAAUAAAAAGAAAAUUCAAAAAACCAGCAAAAUUUGUUUAGGAUGGAAAAGAGAUGAUAAAAACAUGGGCAUAUUUUCGUAUAGCAGUGAGACUGAGCAAAUUGAAGAAACGCAUAGAAAUAGAAAUGAAAAAAUAGACAGAACUAUAAAAGAUGAGCUUCUAAUAAAUGUGGAUAAUGAAUUAAGAGACAAGAAAAUGAAUUCCGAAAAUUUUCUUUGGGAAAAAAACAGUGUGCCAAAUAAAUAUGUAAAUAAAAAAUAUAUAAAUGAAGAGGAAAAUAAUUCUAUAAAUAAUAAUAAUAAUAUAUUGAAAAAAAAAAGAUCAAAAAGUUUAAAUAGUAUAAAUGAAAUAUCUCCUUUUAAUUCUAUACUAGUUACAAAUGAUCUUAGAAUAAAAAUGUGUUAUAGCAAUAAUUAUAUAGAUAUAAAAAAAGCAAUACAUGAUGAUAAUAUUAAAAAUAAAGAUCGAAAUAAAAAAAUGUCUAUAUCAAUAAACAAUUAUAAUAUAUUAAAUUCAAGUGAUGAUUUAUUUUUAAUUUCAAUGGAUUCUGAAAAAACUAAAUCAAGUUAUACUUUACCAAAAAAAAAAAAUUCACAUACAUCCAUAAAUAAUACUAGCAAUUUACCACUUAAUCACAAUUCUAAUAAUGAAGAAAAAAAAAAUGAUAUAGAACUUGGAAAUAAUUUAUCAAAUAAUUUGUUAUUUAAAACAGAUUUGUGUAUAUGUGACAAUAAUAUUAUAUGUAAGUAUUGUAGCUAUAAAAUUCAAAACAAGUUAACUUAUAAUAGACAACUAUUUAGUAGCAUAAAAUUAACGAAUACUAAUAAAAUAGAAGUAUGGGAUGAUGAAAUUAUGGAUUCCAUAUUUUAUCCUGAAAAUAAGAUGGGAAACGAAAAAAUGGGAAGCGAAAAAAUGGAAAGCGAAAAAAUGGAAAGCGAAAAAAUGGAAAGCGAAAAAAUGGGAAGCGAAAAAAUGGAAAGUGAAAAAAUGAGAAACGAAAAAAUGGAAAGCGAAAAAAUGGAUGGAAAAAUAUCUGCAUAUUCUUACUCUGAUCAUAAAAAUGAAUUAUUUGAGUUUAAUAAAAAUAUACCAUCAUAUUGUAACGCUUUAACUGAAUCAAAUAUAUUUAUUUUUGACAUAAUUAAUGAAAAUUGUUCAAAAAAAUUUAAUAUAGAAUCUAUAAAAUUAGUAAAAAGAGAAAAUUGCUAUCCAGAAAAUAAUUCAAAGUUUGUAGAAAAAAAUUAUAAUUGUAAUAAUACACGUAGUGAUGAAAUACAGGGUUUAAAAAGAAAAGAAACUAAUAAUUUAAAUAAAAAAAAUAUGAAUUUUUAUAAAAAUAUAUUUCCAUCUUCUGAACAAAAUGAUAGUGCAACUGAGAUGAAUAAUUUUGUUGAUAAUGAUGAUAAUAAAUAUAACGAAUAUGAAAAAAAACAUAUAAAAAUUAAGAUUGGAAAAAAUGUUACAAAAGCUAAAAAGGUGACUGAUAUUAUUACAUUGAAAAAAACUAAAGCUAAACAUAAAGAGGUUUUAACAAAUAAUAAUGAACCAUCAAAAAGUAAAGACAAAAAAAAAAAAAUUAAAACCAUUUGUACUAACAAAAAUUAUGAAGAUGAAAAUAAAAACCAAGAAAUUAUUGUUAAAUCAAAGAAUGGAUGUAUAACUAAUUUAUCUCGUGAUACAAAUUCAAGAACAAAGAAAAAGGAAAAAAAACGAACAAAAAAACAAAAUAGUAACAACAAUAAUAAUAUUAACAAAUAUGGAAAUAAUUUAAUUAUGUGUCAUUUAAAAAAAGAAGGAAAAAUAAGAAAAAAUGAAAAUAAUCUAUUAAAUAUAUCAAAAGAAAAUACUAAAAAUAAAUCUAUAUCUUUGAAUGGAAAAAAGAGAGAAAUAAAAGAUAAUAUAGAUAAAAUAGAAUUAAAAGAAAAAAUUUUAACAAAUAAAAUUUCCGAAAAAUGUAUAGAUUCAUUAAUGGCUUAUAGAUGUAAUUUACUUAAAGAAGUGCAAGAAGAAGAAAAUAAAAUAUCAACAAAACAUAUUUGUGAAUUUCAUCAUAGUAAUAUAAAUUUUAAAGAUGAUAAAAAAAAUCAAAUAAAUAAAAUGUCUAUAUUAAAACUUUUAAUAAGUGAUCAAAAUAAAAAAGGUUAUAUACGAAUCGAAAAAGAAAACAAAAUAAUAAAAAAAUUAAAUACUAGUUUGUGUGUUAAAAAAAAAAAAAAAACAAAAAAUGGACGAAUAAACAAAAAUAACUAUCAUUCAACCAGAGCAAACACAAUUUUAAAAAGAAAAAGUAAAAUGAAAUCUUUAUUAGUGAAUAAAAAAAAAAACAGAUCGAAUAUAAAAAGUAUUAGUAUGAUAAUAAAUGGAAAUUUGGAUAAUUUUAUGAACGAGAUUGGAUAUGUAAGUAAUUGUAAUAACAAUGGAAAAUCUCACACAUUUGAAAAUGGUGAAAAUGGUGAAAAAAAUAAAACAAAAAAUUCCAAAAUAGUGCAACGGACUAAUUUAUGGGAAGAAAUUCAUAUGCCAAUUUGUGGAGAAAAUUAUAUUGAGGUUUUACCAGAUGACCAAAAAUAUUUGUGCUUAAAUGCUGAGAAAAAGGAAAUAAAAUAUAGUGUAUAUACAAAAAAAUAUAUAAAAAAAAAAUAUAACCAAAAAAAAUAUAACAAAAAAAAAUAUAAUAAAAAAAAAUGGAGCAUAAAGAUGAAAAUAUUGUACAAACGUUUCCUCUAUCAAACAAAAGACAACACUUUUUUAAAAAUAUCACAAAAAUUAAAUUCUCCAGAAAUUCUAACAAAAAAUAAUCUUAUCUUCUAUAAUUGUGAUGAUGAAAAGAAAAGGUACAUACAAAAUGAAGCAGAAACGGGCACACAACUUAACAACAAAAUGUGUGAUCAAAAUUGUGUUAAGGGUGAUUAUGUUAAAGAUGAUUGUGUUAAGGGUGAUUAUGUUAAGAGUGAUUAUGUUAAAUAUGAUUAUGUUAAAGGUGAUUAUGUUAAAGAAAAUUCUGGGGUAACAGGAGAUACAGAAAAGGAUGCAAGUAUGAUCAAAAAAAAAAAAAAAAAAAAAAAAAAAAAAUUAGCAUUAGACUAUGGAAAUGACAAAGGGAAAAGUGAAAAUAUUACACAUGAAGUUAAAAAGAAAAAUAAAGAAAAAAAUAAAAAAACAAAGUGUAAUAAUAUAGUAACAAAGUGUAAUAAUAUAGUAACAACCCAAAAAAAUGAAACAAAUUUUACAAAAAAUAAAAAACCCUUAAACAAAUUUAAUAAAACUAGCUAUAGUAGUGAAAAUGUAAUAAAAUUAGUAAAACCAUCUAAACGUGAUAUUCAAAGUGCAGACAUUUAUAGUCAUAAAUAUGAGUCGAAUAAUCAAACUAAAUUAAUAAAAAUGAAGAUGUCUCAAAAUGAAGCAAGCACAAUAAAGGGGUCUCAAAAUGAAGCAAGCACAAUAAAGGGGCCUCAAAAUGAAGCAAGCAAAAUAAAUGGGUCUCAAAAUGAAGCAAGCAAAAUAAAUGGGUCUCAAAAUGAAGCAAGCAAAAUAAAUUAUACCGAAUUGAAUAAUAACAUUAUUGACGAGGAUGACGACGAUAUAAACAAAAUAAGUGGCGAAAAUGAUCAAGAUAUAACGAAAAAUAAAAUAGAGUUAAACUUUUGUUUUGAAGAUUUCUUAUCAUCUAGUUUGAAACAAAAACUUAACCACAGUAAUAGUAGCACAAAUGUUAGUAGUAAUAGCGAUAAUAUGAAAAAGUUAAAAUAUGAAUUUUCUUUGGAUUUAGAAAAAUAUGUAUUAAAUCAUCCUAUCAAUCAAAUUAGCUUAAAAAAAAAAUUAAAAAAUGUUGAAUCAAAGUUUGUAGAAAAAAAAUGUAAGGAUAGAGAAUCUGAAAAUGUAAAUGAGACAGGAUAUGUUAAAUUCUGUGAAUGUGAAAUAAUAAAUAAGAACAAUAAUGGUAGUGCUAAAAUGAAUAUGGGGAAAAUCGAAGAAAAAAAAAAAAAAAAUGAUAAUUCUUUUAAAAUUAUAAAAGCUAUGGACAAAGAUAAAUUAUUUUGUUCCAACCCGUUUUAUAGAAAUCAUAUUAUUAAUGAUAAAAAUGAAAUGAAAAAUAAAAUGUUUAUGAAAACAAUAAAUAUAAAAGAAAAAAUUUCAAAUAAAAUUCAGGAAAUAAAAAAAAAAAACACUAGCCUUUUUAGAGCAUUUUCUAUGAAUAAUGUAUAUAAAACAAUUUUUUCAAAAGAUCCAAUUCUUCCCACAUUUGAAAAUUAUAAUACUACAAAAAAUAAACAAAAAACAAAUUCUAAUUAUAUGAAUAACCGUAAAUGUAAUUCUUAUGAAUUAAUCAAAACAAAAAGUCUAGUUUACAAAAAAAAUGGUCAAGAAAAAUGUAGCGGUGGAAAUCGUCUUAAGAUUGAAGACUUCUUAAACAACUUUGACAAAAAGAGAAAUUCAAAAAAUGGUUAUAUACCAACUAAUGGGUAUAUAUAUAAUAAUAGUAGUAGUAAUAAUGGCAGUAGUAAUGGCAAUAAUAAUGGCUAUAAUAAUGGCUAUAAUAAUGGCAAAAAUAAUGGUAGUAAUGGCAGUAGUAAUAAAAAAAUAUUUUUCAAACGGUCGAAGAGUGCAAUAUUAUUCAAAAGAAAUAACUCAAAAAAAAUUUAUGAAAAAAAAAAAAAUAUAUUACAAAAUUUUGAUAAAGAAAGUCAAUAUGGAAAGAAUUGUACAAACAAAGAAAUAGACACAAACGUGAAAAAAAAUGAAAAAACAAUAAAAAAAUGUGUCUCUAUGGUAAAUGAAUAUUUUAUAAAAAAUAAUUUACCAGUAAAUAAAAGCUUGAUAAAUAAUUCAACAAUAUAUAAAAAUAAUUUUUUUUCAACCCCUUGUUUUAUGUUUGAAAGUACUUUAAAAAAAAAUACUUCAUUUCCAAUAGAAAGACAUUAG